GGGAGUCGAGGGGAGCACGCCGGCCGGAGGAGGGGCGGACCCGCCUGCUCCGCCCGCCCGCUCCGAGCCAAGCCGAGCCGAGCGGCCCGGGCUGGGCGCGACCCCGGCCCGCGGCGGCGCAGAAAGCGGGCAGAGGCGCGGGCCAUGCUACGGCUGGCGCCCGCCGGGAGCCGAGCCAUCGUGGACAUGUCGUACGCCCGCCACUUCCUGGACUUCCAGGGCUCCGACAUCCCCCGCGCCAUGCAGAAGCUGGUGGUGACCCGGCUGAGCCCCAACUUCCGCGAGGCCGUCACCCUGCGCGGGGACUGCCCGGUGCCACUCCCCGGGGACGGAGACCUCCUCGUCCGGAACCGAUUUGUCGGUGUCAAUGCAUCUGACAUCAACUAUUCCGCGGGCCGAUAUGACCCUUCAGUCAAGACCCCCUUUGACAUAGGUUUCGAAGGUGUGGGAGAGGUGGUAGCCUUAGGCCUGUCUGCCAGUGCCAGGUAUGCCGUGGGCCAGGCUGUGGCCUACAUGGCCCCCGGCUCCUUCGCUGAGUACACGGUGCUGCCAGCCAGUGCCGCAGCUCCCGUGGCCUCUCUGCAGCCCCAGUAUGUCACCCUGCCGGUAAGUGCUACCACUGCAUACAUCAGCCUGAAGGAGCUCGGAGGACUGUCGGAAGGGACAAAAGUUUUGGUGACGGCAGCAGCUGGGGGGACAGGCCAGUUUGCCGUGCAGCUUGCAAAGAAGGCCGGGUGCCAUGUCAUUGGCACCUGCUCUUCCGAUGAAAAGUCUGCUUUUCUGAAAUCCAUUGGCUGUGAUCGUCCUAUCAACUAUACCACCGAGCCCGUCAGCACUGUCCUGAAGCAGGAGUACCCCAAAGGUGUGGAUGUGGUAUAUGAGUCCGUCGGGGGCGCCAUGUUCGACUUGGCCGUAGAUGCCUUGGCUAUCAAGGGGCGCUUGAUAGUCAUUGGAUUCGUGUCUGGCUACCAAACUCCUACUGGCCUUUCUCCUGUGAAAGCAGGGACAUUACCAGCCAAACUGCUGAAGAAAUCUGCCAGUGUCCGGGGCUUCUUCUUGAACCAUUCCCUUUCUAAGUAUCAAGCAGCCAUGGACCACUUGCUUAAGAUGUAUGCGGGUGGAGACCUGGUCUGCAAGGUGGACCUUGGAGACCGGUCUGCGGAGGGCAGGUUUAUUGGCCUGGAGUCUGUAUUCCGGGCUGUUGAUUAUAUGUACAUGGGAAAAAACACUGGAAAAAUUGUAGUUGAAUUAUCUCGCUCUGUCAGCAGUAAGCUGUAAAAGCAGAACAAUGACAUAAAUCAAAGGAGAAAGAAAAUGGGCACUUUAUUCCUCAGAAUUACUCAAAUCAAGUUAUUUGUAGUUGGUUAACGGGUAUAAUAUUUCUUAAAACAAAAGUCAGGUGUUAAUGAAUAAGUUUCUUUUUUUUUUUAUUUUUUUGGGGGGGAGGGGGUUUGCCCCUCCCUUGAAAAUAAUGCUAAUAAAAACUUCUCUCGAUGGCUCAGAGGUAAAA